UGGCGCGCAGGUACGAGCCAGUCUCCACUCGGUCCGCUUGCUGAUCGGGCGCCUUUGGAUAUCUUUCUCUCUCUCUCUCUCUCUCCCCGCCUCGCUCCUCCAUGGCCAACGCGGGCUUGCAACUCCUGGGCUUUGGGCUGGCCCUGCUGGGCUGGGCCGCCACCAUCGUGGCCACGAUCCUGCCGCAGUGGCAAAUGUCUUCCUACUCCAGCGGCACCAUCAUCACCGCCCAGGCCAUCUACAGGGGCCUCUGGAUGGAAUGCGCCUGGCAGAGCACCGGGCAGAUUCAGUGCAAAGCCUACGACAGCAUGCUCAGCCUCUCACCCUCUCUACAAGCUACGCGGGCGCUGAUGGUGGUGUCCAUCAUUGUGGGGCUGGUGGCCAUGUGUAUCGCCAUCAUGGGGAUGAAGUGCACCCGCUGCGGAUCUGAGGACAAGACGCAGAAGGCUCGGAUUGCCAUGACGGGGGGCAUCAUCUUUCUGGUCGCAGGUUUGGCUGCCCUCAUUGCCUGCUCCUGGAUAGGAAACCAAAUCGUACGGGAUUUCUAUAGCUCCGUGGUGGCUGUAAAUCAAAAGUUCGAAUUUGGGCCGGCCAUUUUCUUGGGCUGGGCUGGUUCGAUAUUCGUGUUGUUGGGGGGAGGCCUUCUCUGUUGCUCCUGUCCGGAAAAAACAGCCUACAGCAACCGCCAGUACCCUCAAGGCAAGCCCAUCUCCAAGCCUCCCUCUAGCAGAGAAUAUGUCUAAUCCGGUCUGAAGCAGACAAACGCUGAUCCUGAUACCCACACCUGGAAUGCCAUCGAAUGCCACCCCCACCCCCUGCCCAUCCUGGGGGCUCCUGGACUCUUUGAAAUGACCUCCGCUGCGCUUCAACCCCAUCAGAGGCACUUUUAAUGUUCUUCAUUUCAUGCCAGCGUUUUACUUGAUCAUAUAUAUAUUUUUAACCCCAUGGUUAUUUAGGGAUGUCCCGGUAAUUUGUCAUAACUUGUAAAGUGUGUAUCCUGCAGACGGAUCUAAUCAGCGAUUAACGUAUGUGGUGUUACACCCAACGUAACACUUUCUGGGCUGAUAUAAAAGCAGCAGUGGUGGUCGUUUUCAUUUUCCAUACCACGUUCUCGGGGCAAGGUGGUGGGGGUGAGGGCAGAAAUAAGGUUUUAUGCGCUGUUCCUUCAAGGAAGUGCCCUCCCGAUGGAAUUAACCUAAGCUGAAAUGUACUCAGGGGCGUAUAUAGAUGUGACAGGCCUAAAACAUAAUGGUCAGGUUCUCUAGAAUGUUGACGUAUGCGAAUCAAUACCUGGGUAAAGGAACACAGGUAUUGAUUUGUGUGUAUCUCUGUGGGUCAUUUCAUUACCAGUGAGCCAAACUCUAAAUUAUCCAGUUGCUUCUUGAGUGUUUACAAGUUUACUCACAGUAAGGCAUUUAUUGGUGGGGGAAGGGGGGGAUAGAUACAAACUUAUUGGAGAAUCCCAUAUGACAGCAGUAGCUCCCAUUAGAGGGAAUAAUUUGGAGAUGAACAGAAAUGGAAGAUAUUAACGAGGCUAUUUGACAUGUCCAUUUUUGGGGAGUUGUAAUCCCUUUCAGGGUGGCAGAGAAGAUCCCAACAGGUAGCUAAGUGUUCUGUGGCAUUAGGUGUAUUGCUGAACCAUUGUGCGGGGACUUUGUUCAUUUCAGAAAUCUGAGCAAACUGAGUUCUGGUGAACACCCCCAAUCUAUAGACAGAUGGCAAUCUAAUUCAAGCAGAUACUUUUAAGUAACGGACCAUCUCUAAUCCCAGUGCUAAAUUUCCCCAGGAAAUGCAGAUACCUUCCCCCUGAAAUCAUGUUUAGAAAACUUUUCUAUAUUCUGCAAUAUUUGCUUGCUUGAUAGAUUUUUAAUCAUUUAAUUUUUUUUAUUGCAUGGGGAAAAGGAGGUAAGUUAGACUGGUCCAGGAAAGGCGGUAUUCCCAGAGGAAAAUGUUGCCUUAUUUAAAGCACAAUGACCCAUUAGGUUGUGUGUGUGCGUGCGUAUUUUUUUAAUUAAUUGUCUUUGUGUUGCUGGGAAUUGAUAUUUUUUGUACAUAAUAAAGACUGUUUUGGACAAAAA